CGGUAGCAGAAAAGAAAACUAGCCAUUGCGGAGCACCUUGAAGCCACGACGCCGUUUAUUAAAAACAGCGAGAACGGGUGGUGAGCUGUAUCGAGUACUAGCAUAAUACGGUGCGUGGGAUAACGUCUUCUCACUUGUUGACAUCUUAAUUCCAGAUUCAGACCAUAAUUUCCUGCUCUCUCUCUCUCAAAUAUCGCGAUCCAUUCCAUUCGAUUCAAGAAAACCGCCCUGACUCGAAGACUAAUCCAAAUCCGAAGUUGCAUCAUCAUUCAUCUUAAAUGGCAAACAGAGCUCAAAUCGCGACCAACAACUCUGCACUCAUCGCAAUGAUUGCCGAUGAGGACACGAUUGUUGGACUUUUGAUGGCUGGAGUGGGUAAUGUUGAUUUGCGGAGAAAGACGAAUUACCUCAUCGUGGAUUCCAAAACAACUGUUAAACAAAUUGAAGAUGCAUUUAAAGAGUUCACGACAAGGGAGGAUAUAGCCAUAGUGUUGAUAAGUCAAUAUGUUGCAAACAUGAUAAGAUUUUUGGUUGAUAGCUACAACAAGCCAGUUCCAGCGAUUUUGGAGAUUCCUUCGAAAGACCAUCCUUAUGACCCAACACAGGAUUCAGUUCUUUCAAGAGUGAAGUACCUCUUUUCUGCAGAAUCAGUGGCAUCUGGAAGGCGUUGAGCAGAGACAUGAAGCUUAUGCUCAUUGUUUGUUCAGUGCUUUAUCGUCCUCCCCCAGCUGUAUAUUGUGGGUAGCUCUCUUUUACUGCUUGAUUUAGUCGCUUCUCUUCCUGUUUUGAUCAGUAUAUUGUAAUUGCAAUUUGGGGGUGUUUUGAUGGAAUACUUAUAAUAAAUCAUUCUUAGGAGUGACAUGGAACAGCUUUGAUUAUGCUACAUAAUUGAAUCCCUUUGCUUAAUGUUCUUCAACUCGCGGUAUGUUGUGGCAAACCCAGACUGAAAUGACUUGAAAUAUAAAUAUUUGCAAGCAGUUGGUAUC